UGGUCCUUUGCCAUCGCCGCCAUGUGGUGCACAGCCGGCGACUGAAAGGGGCGCAAUGCUGUGAUCAUAGCAAUGUGGAGGCGGAAGGACUGUCGCUGGCUCUCAGCCUUGGCGCUGACGCUGCUUGCCCGUGAUGUCUUCGAUGCCUUCGCAAGCAGUUGGAGGGAAGACAUGGUGCGACAGAAGGUUCCACUCAUUCGUAGAGGUCGCGAAGCGUUGCUACAUGCCGCCGAGGAAGGUGACUCGGCGGCGCCGGCGCUGUGGAGCCCGGGCCCUGCGAAGUUGGAGACCAAAGCAGCGCGGCGGGUGCAGAAGCACUUGCAAUACGAUCCUUUGUUGGUGCUGGUGGAUGAAACUGUGAAGGAAGAAUUUAAGUUGCUGGCUGCCAAGAAGGCCAAGCAAGAAUCGUCUCGGCCCAACCCGCCAGGUGCCAUGGGUGAAGCAUUGGGUUUGCUAUCCCUGAGACGGCGGAUCGCGCAUAUCCAGAGGAAAGAGAGGCUGAAGACUGCCUCGGAGUUGAUGUACUUGAUGGUUGCCAGCAUGUUCAAAUACCUGGAGGUUCCCUUCAUUCCACCCCUGAAGGGUGGUGGCCUGGUCAGGUUGGACAUGGAUGGCGAGCAGUUGCGAGGACUCACGGAGAUCUACUCCAUGGAAGCGUUGGAACUGGUUCGGGACCACCUCUUCAACAUUGUUGGAGUGGAGGCCCGGAAAAUGGGGCCUGAAGCCCCUGCCCUGCGUAUUGCCAUGUACCAAGCGGGACAGGUCUAUGCCAUGUCGGCCCUCUUCGGGUACUACCUGCGGAAGGCCGAUGUGCGAUACCAACUGGACAAGAUUGUGUCCUUACAUGAAGUGGAGGAGGAUGAGCCGGAUGAGCCUGAGAUAGGUGAGACCCGCAAGCGACACCGCCGUCCCGUGCCACGCUGGAUGGAGCUGUCUUGGCAGAAGGGAGACAGUCGAGUGGAUACCUCCUUGAAGGAGUACAUCCAAAGCUUCGGCCCUGAGGAGCUUCGACAGAUCAGGUCUUUGGCUUCAGCUGAAGCGCAAGCUGUGAUGGAACUGCAAAUUUCAGCACUCUUCGGGAAUUUGCGCGUGUUGAAAAGCAAACUCCUGAAGGCUAUUGAGGUGAGGGGGUCGAAGCUUCAGGCCAAUUCCAAGGGCGCGGAAAAUGAUGAGGAAGCUACUGAACUUUUGGAGCAGGGUCUCGUCUCGGGCCGAGUGGAGUCCAUCAGCAUCAGCUACGACAACUUGCGGCGCUUGAUCCUCGAAGCCGUGGCCUUUGGCUCGGUGCUCUUCGAUGCGGAGAGGGAAGCAGAUAGCACUUACGAGUUGACCCCGGUGACCCCCAGCGAUCGCAGAGAUUUGGAUCUUGGAUGAUCCGGGAUGAUCACAGUGGGUUGAAGCAGUGCUGCAACAGC